AUGGCGAGGAAAAAGAAGGCGAGCCACGGUCGGAAGAAGAUCGCGAUCCAAAGGAUCGCAAGUGAAGAAGCGAGGCACGUCUGUUUCUCUAAACGUCGGAACGGCGUUUUUACGAAGGCGGCGGACCUGUCCACCCUUUGUGGGGCCGAGGUUGCGGUGAUCGUAAACUCGCCCGUCGGCAACCCUUACUCCCUCGGCAGCCCGGGGGUUAACCAGGUUAUUGACCGUUACUCCACGCGCAGCCCCAUGCCAUUAGAGCCGAACAACCCGUACAGGGCGAGCAGGAUAGGCGAGCUCAAUGCCCAGUGCAUGGAGCUCUCCAGGAGGCUCGACUUAGCCAAUGCUAGGAAGGCUGAGAUGGGGGCUCGGGUGAGGGAGGCUGCCGAGAGAAACCCCUACGCCAAGCUCGUCGAUGAUAUUGACCAGGGGCUUGGCUCGAGGGAGCUGAAGGUAGCCGAGGAGGCGCUGAGAGGGGUCAGGGCGCAGGGUGAGAGGAGGCUCGGCGAGCUGAUGAGAGGCGGCGGAGCUUCUUCCUCGUCUGUGGUGCCCGUGAACAAUGCUCCAAUGGCUGUGAAUCCUCUGAGGAUGAUGGACGGCCAGUUCCAGUUCGGGUGGCCUGAUCCCCGCUUUGGUUUCGGGCGCGGGUUUUGA